ACACGUUGAAUACAGUAACUAUCUAAAUGAUUGAGACAAUUUUUGUGUGUGAAAUCUGUUAAUUGCUUGCUUUAAAUUUUGAUUUUUGUGCACGUUUUUGUGUUAAAUGUAAAUCGCAGUGUGAAGACAAUGUUUGUACAUAAAAACACUCGGGCGCAGUUCGCCCAGCAUGCGGCAGCAAUACGAGGCGACAGCAGCUCCGAGGACGAGGAAGAAGGAGGCGAUGCAUUGCAGAGACGCCGUGAAGAAUGCGAACGAAAAGCUCGACGAGGGGAAAUGGAUCCCCGUUUGGAGUUCACAUUCCAACUGUUAAUAGAUGCAACUCAAUUGCCAAGGCAUCAACUAAUGGAUUAUAUAUUCGAAGGGGACAUGUUGGACGAAAUCAAUCAACUCUUUUUACCCAAUAUGAAAAAUAAAGUUCUGUGGUUUUAUCAGGAGGUGGACGAGCCGGAACCACAACCAGCGCAGGAUCCCAACAAACCUGGACCCUCGCGUAGUGGCAUCGCAUCGAGCUGCUCAAAAACACCACAGGGGUCAUCACCCAGCGGAUUUUCGCCGCCGAAACCGAAAAAAUUGUUUCUAACUGAUGGAUGGACUUGUGCUUUUACUGGGAUUUGUAUUUACAUCUUUCGCGUGAAUACUUCAAAACAAUUGCCUGAGGAAGGAUUUCAAAAGGAUUUAUAUUGCGGCGUUAUCGAUGCGAAAAAUAUCGGACUUGUCACCUCUAUUGAGCGUAUUGUUGAGUACGUAUUCAUGCAGGCCUUAGCAUUCCCUAGUUUAGAAGGGGAUGAGGACGAUGUAAGUUGUGGACUGAUAAAAGGACAGUUGUUACCGGGUUUGAGAUCAUUUUGUAGUGCUUUGCGUGUUUGUGAGCAAGUUUGCGAUCAUGUUAAUAUAUUUGACGACAAAUGUGAUAUGUUCGAGAAGAUUGAACGCGUCGAAGAGGUCAAGGAUAUGGCGAAAAAUCAAGAGUUUUGUGUGCAACUGGAAGAGCGCGUAAAUAAUUGGAUAAAGGGUGUUAUGAAGAUACUUGGUGAAAGCGAACAGUUGCGCAAAGAGAACGAUUCAAGUGGACCACAGGAUGAGUUGGAGUAUUGGAAGAAGCGAGGUGCUCAAUUUUCGCAAUUGCUCGCACAUUUGCAAGAUCGCGAGGUGCAAUAUACAUUACAUUGCUUAUUUUUGGCUGGCUCCCGCGUUAUGCGAGUAUGGAAAGAAACUGAUCGAAAAAUAACAUUCUGCUACAACGAAGCACGUGAUAACUCAAAGUUCAUUCAGGCAAUGGAAACGUGUUGUCACUCUCUGUAUUUAGAUGAUCCGGUCUGCAUGAAACAGUCAAUACUAAGUCUACUUCAAACGGUGCGCCUUAUCUACAGUGUUUCACAAUUUUAUAACACAUCCGAGAGAACCUCUUCCCUCAUGGUGAAGAUUACUAACCAAAUGAUUGAGACUUGCAAGUCCUACAUAACAUGUCGAAGUAAAGAGACUAUUUGGUCACAAGAUCGCAAUGUUAUACGUACAAAAUUAGGCAAUUGCAUUAAGCUUAAUCAUAUAUACCAUGAAACAUACUACACUGUAAGGGAGCAACCCUUUUUGCCUAAUCAAACUCCGUUUGGUUUUUCGGAAAAUUUCGUUUUUGGAAAAUUUGAUACAUUUUGCGAUCGUCUAUCGAAAAUUAUUUCUAUGUUCAAUCUGAUCGAAGAUUAUACUCACCUAUUCGAACGUCGUUUGGAGGGUCUAUUGCUAGGUGAAACACUACAGGAUGCCAGCAAUCAUUUUGAGGAAGCUAAGAAAGAGAUUUUAUCGAAGAAAUAUGAUUACUUGGAUCAUCGAAAUGGCGAGUUCAAUGACGAUUUCGAACGUUUUAUGAGCAAAACCGACGCACUAAAGGACACUAUAGCCACACUUAUUGAAACCAAUUUUGACACGGUGUGGGAGACACCACAAUGCAUCCGAUUUCUUACCCGUUUUGAAAAGGUUAGUGAGAAGAUACCACUCAGCCGAAUGGAUGAAAAGUAUGUGCGCAUUAUAAAAUAUGUGGAUAAGGAAGUAGACAGGGUGAAUAAAAUGUUUAGGAAACAACGCGAUGAUCCGCCCGUUUGUAGAAAUUUCCCGCCAAUUGCCGGACGUAUCCGUUGGAGUCGCGCAUUGGAUGACCAUAUGAAAGAACUGAUGGAGGCCGUACUCGAUCAUAAGGUGCUGAGUGGAUUACCGUUAACAAAAGACUUGGAGAAUCGCUAUAAUAAUGUCACAACGUUGUUAAGAGAGUUCGAAACAGAGAUUGUGUCCAUUUGGCUAGAUCAGGAUGUUAGCGUCGCCGAUGCUUGUCUACUACAGCCACUGUUAGCUCUUCAAGGUGAUCGCUUAUUCGUCAAUUUGCAUCCCACUAUACCACUGCUGAUACGCGAAGCUAAGAUGUUGGCUAAGUUAAAUGUUGAAUUGCCAAUUGUGGCGGCCACACUGAUGAGCCGGCAAAAGUAUUUCACUACUAUACAGGACUCGUUGAAUUGCUUGAUCAAAAUGUUUUUGACAACCGUGCGCGCCGUCAAAUUGGAAGUGCGUCCUUUGUUUCUGCCACAAUUGGUGCGCCUAACAGCAAUGUUAAAGCCUGGCCUCCACACAAUAAAUUGGACUCAUCAAAAUUGGACGGAGUUCUAUGAGCGUUGUAAACGAGCAAUCGAGACUUUUAAUGUACUCGUAGCACGUGUGCACGACAUCUACUCCAACCGAAUAUUAAAUGUGCUCAUGUGGAUGCAGGAUGUCUCUUUACAGGUUUUGCCUGCAGAAGAUGAAAUUUGGACUGUGGAGGAGUUUUUGGAGAAAAGCGAAGAUGCUUGCAGACGGGCUGCGAUUGAAUUGAACCGCAAAAGUCAAAUGGUGUCGGAGGCAGUGGAGGAAGUUUUGAAUUUGGUUGACAAGGCGACUGAGACAUUCAAGCAAAUCGCAGGCGAUGAUAUAGUUACACUGUUUGAUGCUACUUCACGAAAUCAGACGCAACCAUCAUCUGCCCGGAAGGGAGAGGCAGAAGGCGGUGGAGCUGUUCCAAAUGCUGCUGGUGCUAGUGGAAGCGGUGGCGGUGGCGGUGGUGGUAGUGUGGGUACCCAGCAGCAAGAUUGGAGUAUAUUAUGGUCAUGCUUUGAGAAUCCUUUAACUCUUCUUUCGACCACGGAGAGUCUUCCCAAGGGAAUGCAAGAUAUGGUCUGCAAUGCAGUGGUGGAGAUGCGACGAUACUAUAGUCGAAAGGUAAUUGAUGUGCUGAUUAAGGUAAUACGUGGCGCGUUAGAUACUAUUAGGCGUCGGUUUAUUGACGAUGAGAAUGAGACCAUAUUGAAAAAGCCGAUAUUCGCACUAAAUGCGCAGUUGCAGAUCCCAAACGUGGUGAUCAAACCGAACCUUGAUGAGUUGCAAGAGAUACUGACAACCGCUGGUAAAAAUAUCACCGGUAUUGCCAAAGGCGUGGCACAGUGGACUAGCGGCAAAGAACCGGCAAGCAUAACAAACAAAAUAGCUGUUGAUACUGAACUAAGCUAAUUAAUUAUUUUGAUGUACUUCCAAUAGCAAGUGUCAACAACGCCUCAGCCACGAAUUGGACGAAAUCACAAUACCGGAAAUCGUGCACGUCGUCGCAAACUAUACACUCUGGCCUCGGAGGAACGUCCACAAAUGCCUCACAUGCUGAAAUCGUUUUAUGCCGCCAUCAUGGAUAAUAAAGAGGUGGCGAAGGCGCUAAAUUUGCUCUCAAAUUGUACAAAAAAUAUCAAACCCGAAAUACAAACCUACAUAAAACGUUGGAAACCAUACCAUUUCCUAUGGAAAAAUGAUCGUACAACUCGUCAAUUAAUGGAGUUUGGUUUGCAGGAAUUCGAAUCAACUUUACGGUGCUUGGCCGAGUUGGACGCCAAUUUGCUAGUAGAGCCCGAAAUGGAGGUGUUUGGUCAUUGUGUAUCCGUUUACAAUGAACGACUUAAAUAUGGAUUGGCCAUUGAGAUCAAAUCUUGUAAUCAUAAGAUCGGACAAGCUAUGAAGAAGAAAUACAAAAAAGAGAUGGACUACGUCUACGCGGUAAUCAAUGAAAUGGAUCGCAAGUUGGACAGGCCAAUACGUGAUCUCGAUGACGUGCGCAUGAUAAUGGAGACCUUAAGUAAAAUUAGAGAGCAAGAAGUUGAUAUGGAGUUGCGCAUUGAUCCAAUAGAAGAGGCAUUUAAUGUACUUACCCGCUUUGAGGUGCAAGUGGAACGUGAACAAUUCGAUUUGGUAGAUAACUUACGGAGUACUUUUCAAAAUUUAUUGUCUUGUGCCCUUCAAGCUCAAGUGAAACUGCUUGAUAUGCAACCGUCCUUUCAAGAUGAUCUCAAGAACAAUUUAGAGAAAUUUAAACAAGAUAAAAUACAAUACGUAAAUGAAUAUCGCAAUGCCGGUCCUAUGCAACCUGGGCUAACCCCACGUGAGGCCUCCGAUCGCUUAAUUUUAUUCCAAAAUCGUUUCGAGGGUAUGUGGCGUCGCCUGCAAACCUACCAGAAUGGUGAAGAAUUAUUUGGUUUACCCCAAACUGACUAUCCGGAAUUGGGUCAGAUACGAAAAGAAUUAAAUUUGUUGCAGAAACUCUAUAAACUGUAUAAUGAUGUCAUAGAUCGGGUGAGCAGUUAUUAUGAUAUACCAUGGAACGAAGUGGACAUCGAAGAGAUCAACAACGAACUAAUGGAGUUCCAGAAUCGGUGCCGUAAACUUCCAAAAGGUUUGAAGGAGUGGCCGGCUUUCCAUGCACUAAAGAAAACCAUCGACGAUUUCAAUGAUAUGUGUCCAUUAUUGGAGUUGAUGGCGAAUAAGGCAAUGAAGCCUCGACAUUGGCAACGCAUCAUGGACGUUACCAAAUAUAUCUUCGAAUUCGAUUCGGAAGGAUUCUCAUUGAAGAAUAUAUUGGAGGCGCCUCUGCUUAAACACAAAGAGGAUAUUGAAGAUAUUUGUAUUAGUGCAAUGAAAGAGAAGGAUAUCGAGGCUAAAUUAAAGCAAGUCACAAACGAAUGGUCCGUUCAUGAAUUACAAUUCAUGAGUUUCAACAACCGCGGUGAACUGUUACUGCGCGGUGAUACGACAGCUGAAACAAUAGGUCAGCUAGAAGAUAGCUUAAUGGUGUUGGGGUCAUUGUUAUCCAACCGCUACAACGCACCAUUUCGUAAACAAAUUCAACAAUGGGUCUAUGAUUUAUCCAACUCGAAUGAGAUUUUGGAACGUUGGCUAUUGGUGCAGAAUAUGUGGGUUUAUUUAGAGGCUGUCUUUGUAGGUGGUGACAUUGCUAAACAGCUUCCGAAAGAAGCCAAGAGAUUCUCUAAAAUCGACAAAUCCUGGCAAAAGAUAAUGCAACGUGCACAUGAGACACCGGGUGUGGUUGCAUGUUGUGUCGGUGACGAUCUUCUUAAACAGCUGUUACCUCAUUUGCAGGAACAGUUGGAAAUAUGUCAGAAAUCACUGAGUGGCUAUUUGGAACGCAAACGAAUGAUGUUUCCACGUUUCUUUUUUGUUUCUGAUCCAGCACUCUUAGAGAUACUGGGCCAGGCUUCCGAUUCACAUACCAUACAAAAUCAUUUACUAUCCAUUUUCGAUAAUACGCGCAAAGUGAAAUUCCAUGACAUUGAAUACAACAAGAUGAUGGCAAUCAUCUCUAGUGAGGGUGAGAUGAUACAAUUAGAUCGCGCGAUUCGUGCUGAGGGUUCCGUCGAGACAUGGCUAACUCAGUUGCUGGUCACCGCACAGCAGUCAUUGCAUUCGAUUAUCCGCACCGCUUAUGCAACAAUAAAUGAUCCAAAUUUCACCUUGUUGGGAUUUUUAGAGAAAGUCCCAGCGCAAAUUGGUCUUUUGGGUAUACAAAUGAUUUGGACACGCGACGCGGAAAUGGCGCUGAUGCAGGCCAGGCAUGAGAGGAAAGUCAUGUCGGAGACGAAUAAUAAGUUUCUUGAAAUUCUAAACACGCUAAUUGAUCAAACCACAAGAAAUUUGACCAAAAUGGAGCGAACUAAUUUCGAAACCCUAAUUACCAUACAUGUACAUCAACGGGAUAUAUUCGAUAUAUUGUGCCGGAUGAACAUUAAAUCAGCAAACGAUUUUGAGUGGUUAAAACAGUGUCGUUUUUACUUCAAAGAGGACUUGGACAAAACUUGGAUUUCAGUAACAGAUGUAACCUUCACUUAUCAAAAUGAAUAUUUGGGCUGCACAGAUCGUUUGGUGAUCACGCCGCUAACAGAUCGUUGUUACAUCACACUCGCCCAAGCGCUAACACUGAGCAUGGGUGGCGCACCAUGUGGUCCAGCGGGUACCGGAAAAACGGAAACUGUAAAGGACAUGGGAAAGACGCUGGCUAAGUACGUGGUUGUAUUUAAUUGCUCCGACCAAAUGGAUUACAGGGGUCUCGGGCGUAUCUACAAGGGCUUGGCUCAGUCUGGCACGUGGGGCUGUUUUGAUGAGUUCAACCGCAUCGAACUUCCGGUCUUGUCGGUUGCAGCGCAACAAGUUGCAGUGGUAUUAACAGCCAAGAAGGAGAAAAAGAAAACAUUUAUAUUCACCGAUGGAGAUACGAUUGAGAUGAACCCUGAGUUUGGCAUAUUUAUAACAAUGAAUCCUGGCUACGCUGGCAGAAAAGAAUUACCUGAAAAUUUGAAAAUACAAUUUCGCACUGUCGCGAUGAUGGUGCCAGACCGGCAAAUAAUAAUACGUGUCAAGUUGGCUUCAUGUGGCUUUUUGGAGAAUAUUACACUGGCGAGAAAAUUUUACACACUUUAUAAACUGUGUGAGGAGCAGUUAACUAAGCAGGUGCAUUAUGAUUUUGGUUUGAGAAACAUUUUAUCGGUACUGCGUACUUUGGGUGCUGCCAAGCGGAGAAACUCGAAGGAUGGCGAGAGUACGAUUGUGAUGCGUGUCCUACGCGAUAUGAAUCUCUCGAAGUUGAUUGAUGAAGACGAACCGUUAUUCAUGUCGCUGGUGUCGGAUUUGUUUCCCAAUCAGACACUCGAAAAGACCAAUUAUCCAGAACUUGAAGCAGCUAUUGCUCAGCAGACGGAAGAAGCUAAUUUGGUCUACCAUCCUCCAUGGGUUCUCAAAUUAAUACAACUAUACGAAACCCAAACUGUUCGACAUGGUAUUAUGACAUUGGGUCCCAGUGGCGCUGGUAAGACAACAUGCAUCCAUACACUAAUGAAGGCACUCACUCAAAUGGGUGACAAUCAUCGCGAGAUGCGUAUGAAUCCAAAGGCUAUAACGGCUGCUCAAAUGUUUGGCCGUUUAGAUGUGGCUACCAAUGACUGGACCGAUGGCAUAUUUUCGGCUUUGUGGCGCAAAACGCUCAAAUUAAAAAGUGGCGAACAUAUUUGGCUCGUGCUCGAUGGUCCUGUAGAUAGUAUUUGGAUUGAAAAUUUGAACUCAGUUCUAGAUGAUAACAAGACAUUGACGUUGGCAAAUGGCGAUCGUCUUACUAUGGCGCCAACUGUAAAAAUAAUUUUCGAACCUCACAACAUUGACAACGCGUCACCGGCAACUGUGUCCCGGAAUGGAAUGGUGUACAUGAGUUCCUCAGGGUUAGAUUCCAGACCGAUUGUACAAGCUUGGCUAAAGAACCGCGCACCUGGUGAAAAAUCAGUUUUUUGGGCUCUCUUCGAGCAAACUUUCAUUCAGGUUUACAACUGGGGCACACAAAACCUUAAACUUUUGAUGUCGGUGUUGCAAUGCAAUAUAGUACGACAGAUGCUAUCGAUUUUAGAGGGCUUGGUGCCGGUAAAGAAGGAGGAGGAACAAGCUGUCAGCCUUUCAAGUAAAGAAACAAAUGACGCAGCAAAAGCGGGAAAACACAAAAUCAUAGCGAAGGUGAAUGAAAUUAACCAGGAGCGUCGAAACUCCGCCGCCAGCGGGGAUGGCGACGAGCUUCCCGAGGAACCGGCUGUAGAGGAGAAGGAAGAUACAUGCACACCCGAACAUUUGCAUCGACUAUAUAUCUUUGCGCUAGCUUGGGGUCUCGGGGGAUAUCUCAGUGCCGCUGACCGCAUUCGUCUGGAUUUAUAUAUUAAAGAAGCUUUCCCCCAGUUGGACUACGCGCAGGCGACUAGCACCGAAAGUAGUAUUUUCGAUUUCUUCGUUUCCGAAGCAGGCACGUGGCAGGCAUGGAAGACACUGGUCACUCCAUAUAUGUAUCCAGAGUUAUCUACACCAGACUAUCUAAAUAUUCUGGUGCCCAUCAUUGAUAAUGUACGUAUGGAUUACCUAAUCGCUACCAUUGCGAAUCAGGAAAGUGCUGUAAUGUUGAUCGGCGAACAGGGUACUGGAAAGACGGUGAUAAUGAAGAACUUUAUGAGGAAAAUGAAUCCGGAGGCUUAUAUGGGCCGCUCUUUCAAUUUUUCAUCGGCCACCAGUCCAUACCAAUUUCAACGUACUAUCGAGAGUUAUGUGGAGAAACGUGUUGGGGUUACUUUUGGUCCUCCAGGAGGACGUAAAUUGAUUGUGUUUAUUGAUGAUGUCAAUUUGCCAGAGAUAAAUGAAUGGGGCGAUCAAGUGACGAAUGAAAUUGUUCGCCAAAGUAUGGAUAUGAAAGGCUUUUACAGUUUGGAGAAGCCUGGCGAUUUUACGACAGUAGUGGAUGUUCAAUAUGUUGCCGCAAUGGGUUUGCCAGGUGGUGGCCGUAACGACAUACCUUCGCGAUUAAAACGACAAUUUUGUGUGUUUAAUUGCAAUAUUCCGGAUGAUGAGUCGAUUGAUAAAAUAUUUCGUGUUAUUGGUGAAGGGCAUUAUAAUGCCAAACGUGGGUUUACGUCGGAGGUACGUAGUUUAGUCAAGAAGUUAAUUGUUGUGACUCGUCAUUUGUGGCAGCGAACGCGUGAGAAACUUUUACCCACACCUGCCAAAUUUCAUUAUGUGUUUAGCUUACGUGACUUAUCGCGGAUAUGGCAAGGUAUGGUGGGGACUUUGUCAACUGUUAUAACAGCAGAUAGCGUGCUCAUGUCAUUGUGGAAACAUGAAUGCACACGGGUAUUUGCAGACCGUUUUACGACUUUUCAGGAUAAAGAGUGGUUUAGUUCGGAGUUAGCUUGUCUUGUGCGUGAGGAGCUUGGUGAAGCUUACUCGCAGAUGAUUAUUCCGAACCCGGUGUUUGUAGAUUUCAUGCGCGAUGCACCUGAACCAACGGGUGAGGAGGGAGAGGACGCUGAUAUGGAGUUACCCAAAGUUUACGAACCGGUGAAUUCUCAUGAAGUGCUCCGGGAGCGUCUCGUUAUGUUCCUCGCACAGUUUAAUGAAAUGGUACGAGGCUCUGGGAUGGAUCUGGUUUUCUUCCCUGAUGCUAUGCUGCAUUUGGUGAAGAUCUCUCGAAUCAUUCGGCAUCCGAGGGGAAACGUCAUGCUUGUCGGGGUCGGUGGAUCGGGUAAACAAUCAUUGACAAAAUUGGCAUCAUUUAUAGCUGGCUACAAAACAUUCCAAAUUGCUUUGACACGGUCGUAUAAUGUAGCCAACUUUCUGGAGGACUUAAAAUUAUUAUAUCGCACCUGUGGUGUUCAAGGCAAAGGAACAACGUUUUUAUUUACUGAUAUGGACAUUAAAGAAGAGGGAUUCCUUGAAUACCUCAACAAUAUAUUAUCAUCUGGUGUGAUAUCAAAUCUAUUUUCUCGAGACGAACAAGCUGAAAUUGUACAAGAAUUGACUCCGGUUAUGAAACGAGAAAAUCAGCGAAAAACAGCGACCCCGGAAAGUGUGAUGGAGUUUUUCUUGGCCCGCACAUGCGCCAAUCUUCAUGUGGCUUUUUGUUUCUCGCCAGUUGGUGAAACAUUCCGAUCGAGGGUGCAACGUUUUCCGGCAUUGGUGUCCGGAUGCACUAUCGAUUGGUUCCAGCCGUGGCCAAAGGAUGCACUCGUCUCGGUGGCAAGACACUUUCUGAGUGACUUUGAAAUUGAGUGUACACCGGCAGUGAAGGAAGAGUUGGUCAAUGCGCUCGGCUCUAUUCAAGAUAUAGUCGCGGAAACAUCGUUAGAAUAUUUCCAGCGUUUUAGACGUGCAACACACGUGACACCGAAGUCAUAUUUGAAUUUCAUUGCUGGUUACAAAAAUAUAUAUCAGCAAACACAGAAAGAAUUGCGAGAUGGUGCAGAAAAGAUGGACACUGGGUUGGAGAAGUUAAAGGAAGCCUCCGCUUCAGUUGAAAUACUGAAAAAGGACUUGGUGGUAAUGGAAGAGGAGUUGGUGGAGGCCUCCAAAAAUGCCGAAUCUGUGUUAGUGGAAGUUACCGAAAGAGCAAUGCAAGCCGAAAUCGUGAAAAAUCAAGUUCUCAUUGUAAAAGACAAAGCCGAGGCAUUAGUUGCAUGCAUUGCACAAGAAAAAGCACUUGCCGAGGAAAAGUUAGAGGCUGCCAAGCCGGCGCUGGAAGAGGCCGAAAUGGCAUUGAAUACAAUAAAACCAGCGCACAUUGCAACAGUACGCAAGUUGGGUCGACCGCCACAUUUAAUUAUGAGAAUCAUGGAUUGUGUUCUGAUUUUAUUCAAAAGAAAAUUACAUCCUUGCAUACCGGAUUCUGGAACACCGUGUCCGAAGCCAUCUUGGCAAGAAUCCUUAAAGAUGAUGGCCAGCGCAACGUUUCUCCUACAAUUACAAAAUUAUCCAAAGGAUACAAUAAAUGAUGAAAUGAUCGAUUUACUUCAGCCGUACUUUCGCAUGGAAGACUAUAAUAUGGACAUGGCAAGGCGGGUUUGCGGAGACGUUGCUGGAUUGUUGUCUUGGACCAAAGCUAUGUCAUUCUUCCACAGUGUUAACAAAGAAGUGCUGCCACUAAAGACAAAUCUAACUUUGCAGGAGGCGCGAUUAAAGUUAGCUAUGGAUGACUUGGCUGGCGCUGAAGAGCAGUUAAGAGAGCGUGAAGAAGCACUACAGGCUGUCAAAAAUCAGUACGAUAAAGCCGUUGGUGAGAAACAAAGACUCACUGAUGCUGCCAAUGUAUGUCUACGAAAAAUGACUGCAGCUACAGCAUUAAUAAAUGGGCUUUCAGAUGAAAAGCAUCGCUGGACAAAUCAGAGCAAAGAGUUUAAAAUACAGCUUGGAAAGCUGGUCGGUGACGUUUUGCUAGCGACAGGCUUUCUUUCGUAUUGCGGUCCAUAUAAUCAGGAGUUUCGUGCAAAUUUAAUUAGAACAUGGAUGGGCAUUCUAAAACAAAAAAAUAUUCCAUUCACGACGGGUUUGAACAUUAUUAAUAUGCUCGUUGAUUCAUCCACAGUGUCGGAAUGGACUUUGCAGGGGCUGCCAAAUGAUGAGUUGUCGGUACAGAAUGCCUUGAUUGCUACAAAAUCAAGCAGUUAUCCACUAUUGGUAGAUCCCCAGACACAGGGAAAACUUUGGAUAAAAUCAAAAGAGGGUGAAAACGAAUUACAGAUUACAUCCUUAAAUCACAAGUAUUUCAGAACACAUUUAGAAGACUCAUUGUCGCUUGGACGACCACUGUUAAUUGAGGACGUCGGCACCGAGCUGGAUCCAGUGCUCGACAAUGUGUUGGAGAAGAACUUCAUCAAGUCGGGUAGUAUAGAGAAAGUGUUGGUGGGCGACAAGGAGUGUGAUGUAAUGCCUGGUUUUAUGUUAUAUAUAACUACGAAAUUACCAAAUCCCGCGUUUAGUCCGGAGAUAAGCGCCAAAACAUCCAUCAUUGACUUUACUGUCACAAUGCGAGGCCUCGAGGAUCAACUUUUAGGAAGAGUGAUUCUUAUGGAGAAAUCAGAUUUGGAAGCUGAACGUGUCGCUCUCUUCGAAACCGUUAUGACAAAUCAACGCAAAAUGAAGGAAUUAGAGGCAAAUUUGUUAUACCGUCUUAGUUCUUCUCAAGGAUCUCUGGUUGAUGACGAAGCCUUAAUUGAGGUACUACGAGUUACAAAAACAACUUCCGAAGAAGUUAAUCAAAAAUUAAAAAUUUCCGAAAUAACUGAACGAAAGAUAAUGAAGGCUCGGGAAGAGUUCCGUGCCGUGGCCGCCCGCGGCUCAGUACUUUACUUCUUGAUUGUUGAGAUGAGUAAUGUGAAUGUUAUGUAUCAAAAUUCUUUGAAACAAUUUUUGGUUAUUUUCAAUAAUUCAAUCACCAAAUCUACGAAAUCAAAUGUAACUGAGGAACGUAUACUUAUUAUUUUACGCUAUCUGACCUAUGAGGUCUACAAGUUUACAAAUCGCAGCUUAUAUGAACGUCAUAAGCAGUUGUUCACCUUAAUGCUGGCUAUUAAAAUCGACUACCACAACGGCAAUGUGACUCAUGAGGAGUUUAUGUCGUUUGUUAAAGGUGGUGCUUCGCUUGACCUAAAUGCUGUCACGCCGAAACCAUUCCGCUGGAUCUUGGACAUAACAUGGUUGAAUUUAGUGGAGAUAAGCAAGUUGGAAACAUUUUCAAAUGUUCUGACACUAAUUGAGUUAAACGAAAAGGAAUGGCGUGUUUGGUAUGAAGCUGAGAAGCCGGAGAAUGAGGAAAUUCCAUGUGGCUAUCAGACAUCUUUAGAUGGCUUUCGAAAAUUAUUAUUGGUGCGUUCUUGGUGUCCGGAUCGUACGAUUUCACAAGCGAAAAAGUAUAUAGAGGAGUCUUUGGGCCCUGAGUACAGCGAGAUGCAGAUUUUAGAUCUUGAAGUGACUUGGGGAGAAUCAGAGCCACGCACGCCGUUCGUUUGUCUGCUGUCUAUUGGAUCCGAUCCUACGACACAAAUUGCCGCAUUGGCCAAACAAAAAGGCAUACCUUUGAAAUCGGUUUCAAUGGGGCAGGGACAAGAAUUCCACGCACGCAAAAUGAUAAUGGACUCAAUGUCCGGCGGUGGCUGGGUGUUAUUGCAGAAUGUUCAUCUCUCGUUGCCUUUCUGCGCGGAAGUCAUUGAUAUGCUCGUAGAGACGGAACACAUCGAUGAAACGUUCCGAAUGUGGGUGACCACAGAACCGCAUGCAGAUUUUCCAAUCGGCUUACUUCAAAUGGCCAUAAAAUUCACCAAUGAGCCACCGCAAGGCAUACGAGCCAGUUUGAAGCGCAGCUACCAGGCUUUCACUCAGGACUUUCUCGAUUACACCGCAGCGUCACAAUGGCCACCAUUGCUAUACACUGUAGCCUUUUUGCACACAAUCGUUCAAGAACGGAGGAAAUUUGGUCCGCUUGGUUGGAAUGUGCCAUAUGAGUUUAAUCAGGCAGACUUUGCGGCGAGCGUGCAGUUCGUACAGAAUCACUUGGAUGAGAUGGAUCCAAAGAAGGGAGUCUCAUGGCAAACGCUUGUCUACAUGAUUGGAGAGGUUCAAUAUGGUGGGCGUGUGACUGAUGAUUUUGAUAAGAGACUGCUGACCACUUUUACCGCGGUGUGGUUUUGUGAGGGGCUUUUAAGUAACUCAUUCGAAUUCUACAAGGGAUACAAAGUGCCGAAUACGAAGAGUUUGCAAGGAUUCGUCGAUUAUAUAAACAGCUUGCCUGCUUAUGAUACGCCAGAGGUGUUUGGCUUGCAUUCCAAUGCUGACAUCACGUAUCAAAUUAAUUCAGCCAAAGGUAUUUUGGACACCAUACUGAGCGUGCAGCCAAAAGAGGGAGGCGGGGGCGGUGGUGAGACACGCGAGAGCAUUGUUUAUCAGCUGGCCGACGACAUGCUGCGAAAGCUUCCGCCUCAGUAUAACGCCUACGAAGUGCGUGAGAACCUACUUCGCAUGGGAAUUCUUCUACCGAUGAACAUCUUUCUCAGGCAAGAAAUUGAUCGCAUGCAGAAAGUGAUUAAGAAAGUAUACACAUGCUUGUGCGACCUGAAAUUGGCAAUUGAUGGCACAAUCGUGAUGAGUCCAGCCCUGAAGGAGUCCUUGGAUGCCAUGUAUGAUGCACGCAUACCGGAAUCUUGGAUGAAGAUAUCUUGGGAAUCGACAACUCUAGGCUUCUGGUACACGGAGCUGUUGGAACGAAAUGCGCAAUUUCGCACUUGGAUAUCAACAGAUAGACCGAAAGUAUUUUGGAUGACGGGCUUCUUUAAUCCCCAAGGAUUUUUAACAGCUAUGCGGCAGGAAGUGACACGCGCACACAAAGGCUGGGCACUGGACUCGGUUGUACUGCAAAAUCAAAUAACACGCUAUAAUAAGGAAGACAUCUCCGAAUACCCCACCGAGGGUGUCUACGUGCAUGGGCUAUUUCUAGAAGGUGCUUCGCUGGAUCGACGCAGUGGCAAGUUGGUUGAGUCCAAGAUGAAAGUACUCUAUGAACAAAUGCCGGUAAUCUACAUAUAUGCUAUUAACACAACAGCUGGGAAGGACCCUAAGCUUUAUGAGUGCCCGAUUUAUCGAAAACCACAACGAACCGAUGCCAAAUAUGUUGGCUCAAUUGACUUUGAGACGGAUUUCAAUCCGAAGCAUUGGACGUUGCGUGGCGUUGCUUUGCUCUGUGACAUUAAAUAAUCGAAAUGCUUCGGACAUUUCACGUUAGCUUUUGGGUUGUUCGCGCCGGCAGUAAGGAAUGUAUUUGUAUCAUGAUUGUUACGUUGGCAGUCACGAGCUUCCUGCUUUUAGUUUAAGUUUAUGUGCUAUUUGAGCGUAAAUAUAGUAGAUGCUACGUAUGAUAAUGGUGAGGUCUUUAUAAUGGACUUUGUAUGCAAUGUCCAACUUUGUAAAUCGAAUUGUAACGAAAUGGUACAUACAUACGUAUAAGUAGAAGUUGUCUAUGUAUAAAAUAAAAUAGUUUGGGAACGAGAAAA